AAACCAAAACACAUGAGCUCAGUCCAAACACAUGGCCCAGUAAAUAACAAAACACGUGGGCCCAGUCUAAACACAUGGCCCAGUAAACAAAAAACACAUGGGCCCAAUCAGUUUGCAAGUGAGCCCUUAGGGUUUCGUCAAAUUCUUUAUGCCGCCACCAAGUGUUAUCGUGUUUCUAAACUGUUGUUUUAUGGGAGUAUUCAACCAAACAGAGGGUGAAAGAUUGAUAUCCCUUGAGCGUGCAAGCCCUAAAAUCGACAUCUGCAGGAAGGUUUUGAUGUGUGGAACACAGAACGAAGACUUUCCAUUGUAAUUCUUCAUUCAAGUUGCAGCAAUGGAUACUAGGGAGAAUACAUGUAUAGAAGAAGUGCCAGGCCAUGUCCUUGAAGAUAUUUUCUGCAGACUUCCCAUGAAGACUCUGGUCCAAUGCAGGGGCGUAUGCAAGGAAUGGCGGGAUUUGCUUCCAGGCCCUAUAUUUGUUAGCUUUCAUCUCUCGAGAUCGGUCACUGGCCUCCUGGCAAGAGCAAGUCGAGACUGUUUAUUUUACGAGCAUUUAUCUAGAGAAGGUAAUGUAAUGGUAACGAAAUUGGGGAUGGAGUUUGAUUUUAAUGGUGCUUCUUCCUUGAAUGGCUUAAUCUGCUCGUGGAAUGACAGGGAAAAAGGAGUUCUUGUAUCUAAUCCAAUCAUCGGAAAGCGCAUAACUCUUCCCGAAAGCCAAAAUGAGCAUUGCAUUUCACUCUGCAAACCCAUGCUGAGGAUUGGAAUUAGUCCAAAGACAGGCCUAUACAAGGUGCUUAAAAUUCAAGCCAGAAGAGAACCCUGGUCAAAACCCAAAUCGCCAGCAGAGAUCUGUACGCUUGGAGUUGGUGCUGUCACCUGGAGAAACAUUGCAGAUGUCCCACAGGAAUUUUUGUUUCGUACGAUAGUAGAUGGCACUGUUUUCAAUGGAGCAUUCCAUUUUAUUCUCACUCAAGAUAGCCCCGAACUCAAUGACUAUAUCUGCUCCUUUGAUUUUGACAGUGAGGAGUUCCAGUCAAAUUUGGAGCUACCUCGUCUUCCCUUGGAUAAUGUAGAGUGGCCUGAGUGGUUGGGUCUAGGAGUAUUGACAGAUUGUCUCUGUGUAUCCAACAUCUAUGGCCUCGGCGGUGGAAAUCCAGAUAUUGAAGUGUGGGUGAUGAAGGAGUAUGGUGUCACCGAAUCCUGGACAAAAGUGUUUGCUUUAAAGAACCCAAUGGAAAGCUUAUGGUCACCUCGUGAUUUCAAGAUCAUCAAGUACAAGGAAAACGAGGAGAUCAUAUAUUUUGUUGAUGACAAUAUAUAUUCUUGUGAUCUCAAAAAUAAAAAUUGCAGAUUCUUGGAGACUACUGGGAUUCAUUCAAGAUUCUUUGCACUUCUGUAUGUUCCCAGUUUUGUUUGGCUUGAAGAUGUUGAGGUGGGAGAAAGCUCUAUUGAAAUCGAGUAGUGCCUUUCCGAGCUCCAGAUUCAAUUAGAAUUCUGUCAUAAGGACAUUUGAGACAGCAUGGAAUCCAUCCUCAUUGGAGUGAUUUUGCUAUGCUGGGACUUGGUUUUGGACAAUUAAUCAUCCUACUUGGGGGACUAUUUUCAUUAUUGGGAGUUUGUAAUGUAUAUUUUUAGUUACCAUCAUACUACUUUUAGUUUAGAGAAGUGUUAAAAUCACAAAUAGAUCAUUUAAAAAUAAAUCUAUAAAUUGAUGUGAUUUGAUUGCACCUCUAUUCUUAUAUUUAGAGGCUUAUUUUAGAGUUUCUGUAGUGUAGCUUCCUGGGCUCUUUGUUAUC